GGGCGGCCUCGGGGUCUUUUUGCUUCCCAUUUUGUCUCGCGUGCGGCACGUCCACCGUGGUCAACCGUGGUUCACUGACGUUUCCGCUGUGCACAUCGCAUGGCCGACGUGUGCAUCCUGAGGAUCGCACUCGCGUGGUACUCGCCGUAUCACGAGCCGCGUCGCCGCUGAAGAGGAGGCCAGGGCCCUUCCGCGACAACGUCGACGUGUCCGGACGCACCUACCACGCCGUAACGAUCCCCCGAAAAGAGGAACCCGUCGUAGGGUUUUGUUCCCCGUCGUCGACGCGGGCCACAUUGCCUGCUCCUUCACACGAUCGUCAUCGUCGCCCACGUUUUCCACGUCCACCUCCGGACGGACCAGAGCGCGCGCGGCAGCGAUUAAUUCUCAGCAUCUCGGGCACCAGCCGUAACGCCGCGACCACGCGUCCCCACGUACGUCCGCAGCGAUGUCGAACGAGGAGACCUCCGCCGACCGCAACGUCGAGAUCUGGAAGAUCAAGAAGCUUAUAAAGAGCCUCGAAAUGGCCAGAGGGAAUGGCACGAGUAUGAUUUCGUUAAUCAUACCUCCAAAGGACCAAAUAUCGAGAGUGAGCAAGAUGCUGGCGGAUGAAUUCGGCACAGCGUCGAAUAUUAAGUCACGUGUAAAUAGAUUAUCUGUUUUGGGUGCAAUCACAUCGGUGCAGCAUAGGCUAAAGCUAUAUACUAAAGUGCCUCCAAAUGGCCUGGUAAUUUAUUGUGGAACUAUUGUAACAGAGGAAGGAAAAGAAAAGAAGGUCAACAUCGAUUUUGAGCCUUUCAAACCUAUCAAUACAUCUUUAUAUCUUUGUGAUAAUAAGUUUCACACAGAAGCACUCACGGCGUUGCUCGCGGAUGACAACAAAUUUGGUUUUAUUGUAAUGGAUGGUAAUGGUGCGUUGUUCGGAACGCUACAAGGCAACACGCGCGAAGUGUUACAUAAAUUUACUGUGGAUCUUCCCAAGAAACAUGGCAGAGGCGGUCAAUCCGCACUGCGUUUUGCCCGAUUACGUAUGGAAAAGCGACAUAAUUACGUUCGAAAAGUAGCUGAAGUCGCUACUCAAUUAUACAUCACGAACGAUAAACCUAACAUCGCUGGAUUGAUCCUCGCGGGUAGCGCAGACUUCAAGACCGAACUUAGUCAAUCGGAUAUGUUCGAUCCAAGAUUGCAAGCUAAAGUUAUAAAGCUGGUUGAUGUAUCAUAUGGUGGCGAAAAUGGUUUUAAUCAAGCUAUUGAGUUGGCGGCUGAAUCUUUGCAAAACGUAAAGUUUAUUCAAGAGAAAAAGUUGAUCGGUCGUUACUUUGAUGAAAUUUCUCAAGAAACUGGCAAAUACUGUUUUGGUGUAGAAGACACGUUGAGAGCCUUGGAAUUAGGUAGCGUCGAAACUUUAAUUUGUUGGGAAAAUUUAGAUAUUCAACGAUAUGUUCUGAAAAAUCAUACGAACGCGGAAGAAAAAGUAUUACAUUUAACGCCAGAACAAGAAAAGGAUAAAACUCACUUUACUGAUAAGGAAAGCGGGGUAGAAUUGGAACUCGUAGAAUGUCAACCACUACUCGAAUGGCUUGCGAACAAUUACAAAAGUUUCGGUGCUACCUUGGAAAUUAUCACGGACAAGUCUCAAGAAGGAUCCCAGUUUGUCAGAGGUUUUGGUGGCAUUGGAGGUAUCUUGCGGUACAAAGUGGACUUUCAAAGUAUGCAGCUGGACGACAUCGAAACUGAUGGCUUUGACUUGGAUGACUACUAAGUCCAUGACUCAAUCGACAUUUGGUUCUCUUAGCUUCGGAGAAAGCAGGAGGGACAGGAGUAUGUUCUUUCUCAUAUGAUGUCCCAAGAGAGAAGAAAACAGAAUAACGAAAACAUAUUUCAAAAUUUACAAUACAGCACGUACGAUAUCGUCAUAAAAUUAUUGUCUAGAGUUUACCAAACAUCAAGCAGAUCGUAAUCGAUACACGAAAGAGAAGAGCACUAGCGAAUAUGGCGCGGCUGAUAUAAUUCAUGUCUAUGAAAGAAAAGGCGAUUCGAAGACUGUGACACUUAAUUAAGCCAGCUUGAUACCUGCCUACUCUCAUACAUUCACCACCUUGUAUUACAAUUUAUGAUCCUUAAUUAUUCACAGAGAUUCCUUUAAACCUUAAACAAUUACACUACGCGCUCUUCAGUUCCGAAUGUACAGUUUACAAAUGUACAGUGUAUGGUGGUUUGAUCGUAAUUUUAUAUUAAAUCGAUGUUUGUCAUCUUAUCAUAGAUUUUACGAGAAAUGAGUAUUUGAACUACAAGAGCGGCUGUAGCGUUAUUUUGUUCAGACACAAUCAUGAAAGAGCUGUAAUAAACUGAUUAUUAUGAACAUACAAUUGCGUAUCGUGCAUUCUACACCGAUAUUUGCAAAAUUCAUACGGAGAAGAGUUCUGUAAAUAGAUGUCAAUUUUUAAAAAACGGCACAGUUGCCUUAGACAUAAGUUGAGGUCGCGUACACGAUCCACGGAGUAAAUGAAGUAUUUCCGUCUUAUGCAGUGAUACACAUUUGUAAAAGUAAGGAUAAUUCCUCGCAAUCCUACAUUGCUCCGUUGCUGGCUCUUGGCUCUUAGAUUUUUGUACAUUCACACAAUUGUACAUAAGAAACGCUUCGCAAAAGUAUCGAAGUAAUUUUUCAUUGUUAUAGUGGUGCACCUCAGUGAAGAGAAAGAUAUUUCCCGCAAUAUUUAAACGGUUACUGAAGAUAUUACGAAAUUUAUUUUAACAUUGUUAAUUUAAUUCGCUUAUUCGUAUGAUGCCUCUGUAAUAAACGACGCUAUGUAUGUAUAAAUGUGAAAAGAAUGUAACGUGCAAUUUUGGUGAAGUAUCCUUUAUGAAAGAAUACUGUAUAGAGAGCAAAGAGAGUUUCUCAAAGAGUCUUGAAUGCUGUGAGAUUUACUCGACGAAAAUGGUGUAUCGUUAUUUAAUAAUGUAUCUACAUUAUUUGCGAUAUUGUUGUAAUGUACACCUUGUAGAGACAAAAACAGGCGCACAAGAGAACUUCAUCAAAGUGAAACGUUCGAAAAGAGAUCCGAUUUUGCGAUAUGUGCACAACGAAUUCCAGAACGUGAUGGUUCGAAGUAUUUGUAUCUGUGUAUUGUCUCUCAAGAUACCCAGAUGUUAAUUGCCGGCUUAACGUUUCUUCAAAUUUUUAUAUGUAAACAUCUUCUCACUAUAGGAGUCUAGAUAGUUAUUUAUUUCUAUACAUCGGUGCGACUACGUUUCUGCUUAGCGGAACACCCGAUUUAAGUACGCAAGAUAGGUAAAUUAAGAAAUCAAUAAAUAUCAAUGAGCGAAAGUGAAAGAGAGAGAGAGAGAGAAAGGGAGAGAGAAUGAGAGGAAGAGAGAAAGAGUGAGAGAAAGGAAGAGAAUAGGGAAAGCCUUGUAAUCUUUGUUUUAAGGUAAAGAUGCACGGAAAUGUCGUCCACGCGAGUUGCUUUAAUAACCGGAUCGAUGACGUACUUAGAUUAUAGCUUGCCUAUGAUCUCUAUAAGCAUAGUUGUAUAAUCUGCUAACAUGUUCGUCAUUGAUUAUUUUACUCCCACACAUAUUUUGCCAGUGAAAUGUGUCUUUUAAUCGAAAUCAAAUUGUUUCUUUAAUAUCUCAUUAGAAUUUUGUAUCCGACAGAAAGGUAAUACGAGAGCGUAAUCGU